AUUCUUUUAUUAAAGAAGUGCAUUAGCUUUUGCGGAGUCAACCGCCAUUGCUCUUCUACUUUACAAUAUAAAGCUUCGUUGGGUGGGUGAGGCAGAGAGACAUAGGGUAGGUGUUUGUGUGUGCUUUAAUGGUGGUGGGAGGGUGGAAAUUUGUGGGGUUUGUUGCUCUCAUACUUAAUGCCUGUUGUAUCUCUCUCAGAUACACUCAAUGGUUCCACUCUCUCGCCUCUUCUUCCCUCAAUUUCCAAUCCACCGCCCAUUUUCUUCGCAUGCACCUGCUCCUCAGUCCAAGUAGAGAGACCUUUCGGGUAGGAAGCAUAAAAAUGGAAAAAGGGUUUGCAGUGAGGAGCAUGGACAUCACUUCAGCAAAUGGGACAACUGUACUCAAACAAGAAUUCACCUUUCCUGCUAAUACACCUCCUUUCAAUAGUUGUCAUGCUUCCACCAUCGUCGAGGUUGGAAGGGAUCAUUUUCUGGUAGCCUACUUUGGGGGCUCUAGGGAGGGCGCACCCGAUGUCAAGAUCUGGUUGCAAAGAUACAAGGAUGGUGUCUGGAGCUUUCCAGUGGCAGUGGAUGAGCAGUUUCAAGUUCCUAUGUGGAAUCCAGUUCUUUUCAAACAUCCUUCAAACGAGUUGCUUCUGUUUUACAAAAUUGGCCAGGAGGUGCAAAAAUGGAGCGGGUGCAUGAAGAGAUCACUGGAUGGAGGUUUAACUUGGUCAGACAGAGAACAACUUCCACCUGGAAUACUAGGACCAAUCAAGAAUAAGCCGCUGCUGCUAGAUAAUGGCAAUUUGCUGUGUGGGUCCUCCGUGGAGAGUUGGAACUCUUGGGGAGCAUGGAUGGAGGUCACAGCAGACUUAGGACGCACUUGGAAAAAAUACGGGCCAAUAUAUAUUCAGGAUGAGCCAUUGAGUGUGAUUCAGCCUGUGCCAUUCCAAACCUCAAACGGGACACUUCGUGUCUUAAUGCGAUCCUUUGACACCGUCGGUAGAAUUUGCAUGUCAGAAUCAAGAGACGGAGGCGUCACCUGGACUUAUGCAGAGCCUACUCAACUUGCUAACCCAAAUUCUGGUAUCGAUGGGGUUAAGAUUCAUGACGGCCGGCUGUUAAUUGUAUACAAUACAAUAUCAAGGGGGGUCCUCAAAGUUGCAUUGUCAAAGGAUGAUGGGGAUUCAUGGGAUGAUGCUAUGACAUUGGAAGAAAAUUUGGGCAUGGAAUUCUCGUAUCCAGCUGUGAUACAAAGCAGUGACAUGCUUGUCCAUGUCACUUAUACCUACAACAGAACACAGAUUAAGCAUGUUGUCAUACAACCAGAAGCUCUGUAAUGACUCAAGAAAGCACAAGGAAGCACAUUACCUUGCAGGGAAUUGUUACGUUUAAAGCACACGGCAGGAAACCUUACAAACUACAAGGGCCCCUUCUCAGAUGAUGCCAAUUGAUCCUCAUGCCUCCCAUCUCAUAAAAAUCCAGGAAUACAUUAAAUUCAUGGAGUACAGAAUCUGUUAAAACCACUACAUUAUGGAACAAUAUUACAAGUUCAAAGCAAUUUAGUAGAAUUUUUCUGGCAUU